UUAGGGGCGGGCGCUUGGGAUAAAAUUCAGCGGAGGGAGCGAUAACGUCCCUGGGGGCGGGGGCCAGGCGCUGUACUUCCGGCUGCUUGUCUGGCCUAUGGAGGCUUCAUCUCUCUGGUUUAAUGGGUUCGACAAAGGGGCCUCGGAGUGACCAAUACUUAGUGUACCGCCAUGGAAAGCCGGAUUGCCGUGAGCUAAGGCAGCGUGCCCCCGUGUGGAGGCAUUGCCUCGGGGGAGAGACUAACUGCGAACGGACACAGAGCAGCGGCCGUAUCUGAAGAUUUUGGUUGGCUACUCAGAUGUCUUUAGAGUAUCUUUGAAGACAGGUGUGGCAAGUUACAGCUUUGGCUAUUAAAAUGUAUGGUAAAGUGCCAUUACCUCAUAUCUUUCUGGGGGCUCUCCUUGGAGUAGCAGGAGGAUUCUACAUCUAUAAACCAAUAUUUGAACAAUAUCACAGAAAACAGAAUACAUUAAAAGAAAAGCUGCAAGCAACAGAACUAGAAGAGAAGAAAGAAUAGCAGAGAUUACAUGGAGCUGCUUGGUGAUAUUGGCUUGGACACUGCAAACUUUUGUUCUGAGAUCAAAAUAAGUCUAUUCUUCAAAAUGAAACUGGUUUAUCUUGGUGAAGAAUAAAUAUGCUUUUUAAUUAAUGUAAAUGUGUUAUUUUCUAAUAUGGCCAGCUGCACAUACAUUGACCGAAUUGCAUUUGAUUCCACUGACAUUUUUCUUUAAAA